AUGAAGCAACACAACCUCACAGUGGUGACUGAAUUCGUCCUGAUGGGCAUCACAAACCGUCCUGAGCUGCAGGCCCCCUUGUUUGGGUUGUUCCUUGUCAUCUAUGUGAUCUCUGUCAUGGGCAACUUGGGUAUCAUCAUCCUUACCAACAUGGAUGUCAGGCUACAAACACCUAUGUACUUCUUCCUCAGACACUUGGCUUUCACUGAUUUUGUUUAUUCAACCACUGUGGGACCAAAAAUGUUAGCAAACUUUAUUGUGGAUCAAAACACAAUCUCUUACUAUCUUUGUGCUACACAGCUGGCUUUUUUUCUUCUGUUCAUCGGCAGUGAACUUUUCAUUUUGUCUGCAAUGUCAUAUGACCGCUAUGUAGCCAUUUGCAACCCACUACUCUACACUGUCAUCGUGUCACAUAGAGUAUGUUGGGCACUUGUAACAAUUACUUAUCUCUACUGCACCUUUAUGUCCUUUGUAGUGACCAUAAAUAUUUUUUCUUUAUCCUUCUGUGGCAACAACAUUAUCAACCAUUUCUUCUGUGACUGUAUUCCCCUGAUAUCUUUGCUCUGUUCAAAUACACAUGACAUUGAAUUGAUAAUUAUGAUGUUUGCAGCUUUUGAUUUAAUUUCCUCUCUUCUAAUAGUUCUUGUCUCCUACCUGCUCAUUCUUAUAGCCAUUCUCAGGAUGAACUCUGCUGAGGGAAGGCGCAAGGCUUUCUCCACCUGUGGGUCCCACUUGACAGUGGUUACAGUCUUCUAUGGGACUUUGAUAUUCAUGUAUGUGCAGCCUGAGUCCAGUCACUCCAUUGACACUGAUAAAAUAUCUUCUGUAUUUUAUACUCUCAUUAUUCCCAUGAUAAACCCAUUGAUCUAUAGCCUGAGAAAUAAAGAUGUAAAAGAUGCCCUACCAAGGAUAUGGCAAAAAAUAUGUAAUAUAUUUUCUUAA